CAGGUGAGCUGGGCUUGCUGGUGGAGGCUGUCGCCGGCCCGAGGGCCUCCCUCCGGAGGAGCGGCCUCCUUCAGGCAGGCGGGGCCGACUGUCAGUGAGUUCGCGUUUGGGAGAAUCGAGCAGAGACACCGAGAUAGGCCUCCAGGACUGCUCAUACUGCCCCGGGCCAACGGGCUUUCAUCACAGAGAACAUGAGGAAGCCACCCUGCUCCAACUCCGCCAUUGGGGCCUGCGCCCUCAUCUCCUUGAUGUCUGCUGUCAUUCUGGGUCAUCUCAUGCUCCGUGACUUACUGCUGUUUCCCCAAGAUCUUCCUGAGUCCUCUCCAGGACUGCGGAAGGCUUUUAGACCUCACCAUCGGGAAGGUUACCGGCCAGGGCCCCAGCACACCCAGGAGCACCCUGACCAGCCCGCGGCGGUGCCCACACAGUGCGACGUGCCCCCCAACAGCCGCUUUGACUGUGCCCCAGACAAGGGCAUCUCCCAGGAGCAGUGUGAGGCGCGUGGCUGUUGCUAUGUCCCGGCAGGGCAGGGGCUGACGGGGCAACCCUGGUGUUUCUUCCCUCCCAGCUACCCAAGCUACCGGCUGGAGAACUUGAGCUCCACGGAGAUGGGGUAUACAGCCACCCUGACCCGUGCCAGCCCAACCUUCUUCCCAAAAGAUGUGCUGAGCUUACAGCUAGAUGUGCUGAUGGAGACCGAGAGCCGCCUUCACUUUAUGAUCAAAGACCCCACUAAUAAGCGCUACGAAGUGCCCGUGGAGACCCCUCGUGUCCUGAGCAGGGCGCCGUCCCCACUCUAUAGUGUGGAAUUCUCAGAGGAGCCCUUUGGAGUGAUUGUCCGCAGGAAGCUGGAUGGCCGGGUGCUGCUGAACACGACCGUGGCCCCGCUGUUCUUUGCUGACCAGUUCCUGCAGCUGUCCACGUCACUGCCCUCCCGGCACCUCACAGGGCUCGCUGAGCACUUGAGCCCGCUCAUGCUCAGCACCGAGUGGACUCGGGUCACCCUCUGGAACCGGGACGUGCCACCCUCGCCAGGGACCAACCUCUACGGGUCACACCCUUUCUACCUGGCGCUGGAGGACGGUGGCUUGGCUCACGGUGUCUUCCUGCUGAACAGCAAUGCCAUGGAUGUGAUCCUGCAGCCCAGCCCAGCCCUAACCUGGAGGUCUACAGGUGGGAUCUUGGAUGUGUAUGUGUUCCUAGGCCCAGAGCCCAAGAGCGUUGUGCAGCAGUACCUGGAAGUUGUAGGGUACCCCUUCAUGCCGCCAUACUGGGGCCUGGGCUUCCACCUCUGCCGCUGGGGCUACUCCUCCACGGCCACCGUCCGCCAGGUGGUGGAGAACAUGACCAGAGCGCACUUCCCCCUGGAUGUGCAGUGGAAUGACCUGGACUACAUGGACGCCCGCAGGGACUUUACCUUCACGCAGGACGGCUUUGCAGACUUCCCAGACAUGGUGCGAGAGCUCCACCAGGGCGGCCGGCGGUACAUAAUGAUAGUGGACCCUGCCAUCAGCAGUUCAGGCCCUGCCGGGAGUUACAGGCCCUAUGACGAGGGCCUUCGGAGGGGCGUGUUCAUCACCAACGAGACUGGGCAGCCAGUGAUCGGGAAGGUAUGGCCGGGAUCUAGCGUCUUCCCGGAUUUCACCAACCCUGAGACCGUUGACUGGUGGAAGGACAUGGUCUCUGAGUUCCACGCCCAGGUGCCCUUCGAUGGAAUGUGGAUUGACAUGAACGAACCGUCCAACUUCCUUAGAGGCUCUCAGUGGGGCUGCCCUGACAACGAACUGGAGAACCCGCCCUAUGUGCCCGGGGUGGUUGGCGGGGCCUUGCAGGCUGCCACCAUCUGCGCCUCCAGUCACCAGUUCCUCUCCACACACUACAACCUCCACAACCUGUACGGCCUGACCCAAGCCAUCGCCUCCAACAGGGCCCUCGUGAAGACCCGGGGAACACGACCCUUCGUGAUCUCCCGCUCGACCUUCGCUGGCCAUGGCCGAUACGCUGGCCACUGGACGGGGGACAUGUGGAGCUCCUGGGAGCACCUUUCUUACUCUGUGCCGGAAAUCCUGCAGUUCAACCUGGUGGGCGUGCCCUUGAUUGGGGCAGACAUCUGUGGCUUCCUGGGAGACACAUUUGAGGAGCUGUGUGUACGAUGGACCCAGCUGGGGGCCUUCUACCCCUUCAUGCGGAAUCACAAUGACUACAGAAGCAAGCCUCAGGAGCCCUACAGGUUCAGCGAGACCGCACAGCAGGCCAUGAGGAAGGCCUUCAUUUUGCGCUAUGCCCUUCUGCCCUAUCUGUACACUCUCUUCCAUGGAGCCCAUGUCCGAGGGGACACAGUGGCCCGGCCCCUCUUCCUGGAGUUCCCUGAGGAUCCCAGCACCUGGUCAGUGGACCGCCAGCUCUUGUGGGGUUCAGCCCUGCUCAUCACGCCGGUGCUGGAGCCUGGGAAAACGGAAGUGACUGGCUACUUCCCCGAGGGCACGUGGUAUAACCUGCAGAUGGUGUCUGUGGAGGGUCUCGGCAGCCUCCCGUCUCCUCCGUCAUCUCCGCCAUCACCCCUCGGGUCUGUUGUGCACAGCACUGGGCAGUGGUUGACGCUGGAAGCCCCCCUGGAUACCAUCAAUGUGCACCUGAGGGCAGGCUACAUCAUACCGCUGCAGGGCCCCAGCCUCACAACCACAGAAUCCCGAAAGCAGCCCAUGGCCCUGGCUGUGGCAUUAACGGCAAGUGGCGAGGCUCGUGGGGAGCUGUUCUGGGAUGACGGGGAGAGCCUUGAUGUCCUGGAGCGUGGGGCCUACACACUGGUCACCUUCUCGGCCAAGAACAAUACCAUUGUGAAUGAGCUAGUACACGUGACCAAGGAGGGGGCUGGCCUACAGCUGAGGAAGGUGACCGUCUUGGGAGUAGCCACAGCCCCUGCACAAGUCCUUUCCAAUGGUGUCCCUGUCUCCAAUUUCACCUAUAGCCCUGACAGCAAGACCCUGGCCAUCCCUGUCUCACUGCUCAUGGGAGAACAGUUUCAGAUUGACUGGUCCUAGCAGGGCACACCUGGUUUACAGAAGCCUCUCGGCGAGGCUGUGCACAAGCUUUGGGUGGUGGCGUCUGUAAGGACCUGAGACCUAUCCUGACACACCCUUGAGUUUUCCCACUAUGUUGCUGCUUCUGCCCUUGAGGUACUGUUAGGAGUGAGGCUUGCUCCCCUCUCUGUCCCCAGCUGUCUGUCCCUGACACUAAAGAAUGUGAAGCUCAGCUUGGGGACACCGUGCCAACAUCAGUCCACACAACCACUGCAACUGUGACCCCAUAGAGACAGGGUUGGUGGUGUCAUUGGGUUUACAGGACUUGAGAAACUUAUGCGAAGUGCACUUACUUUAAAUAAAAAGGACAUUUGGAACCAGCUCUCAUAUCACCUCAUGUCUUCAUGUCACUCACCCUCAUGUCACCCUCAUCCCUCAGCCACCCUCGUGUCCCUGUAUCAUCUUCAGAUGCCCAGCAUUACCUCUCCUUCCCAUCACCUCAGGCUUGUGUGUCACCCGAGUUAGCAAGAGAGCAUCCUGCUGCAGCUGCUCAGGGAGGUGUUGGUGGAGACAUGCCAGGGCAGUGAGGGCAAAGCCAGGAAAGGGCUUCCCGGAGCGGGGCCUGAGGUCUUUCCCCGAGGUCUGUCCCCAGGAAUUCAGGCCUAGGCUCCCUGGCACGCCUGGAGCAAAGGAAGGCGUUUUAUGUCUGCCAUGAACUGGCAUGUGUCACUCAUUCCAAAUUUGUCACCAGGGUGAUGGGCUGAGAGGGUCAGCAGCCCAACCCACUGCUCUGACCUCCAGAAAACCAAGCACCAAAAGCACGGGGACUCUGGGAGCCCCUGCCUUACUGGAUCACUGUGUGCGGGAGUCCCUUCCAGCUGGGUCACCUUGCCUGCUGGGAGCCUCUCCUGGAUGUGGAAGGAGGGGGAGGUUCCACAGUGGUCACAGCAGGUUCUGCCCCAUCCCUCCUCCUUGCCUUAGCGUGGGUACAAGGAAACAGAUGCAUUGGACUGAUCCUGUUAGAGUCUCUCUGCCUAUGGUGCGGAUCCCGGUUUCCGCACCAACUGGAAGGGCUGAGAGGCAUAGGCAGGCUCCCCAGGUCUCCAGAGAAAACAGAAGGGAGGGAGCAGAGGGAACUGGUGCCUCCCCCCAGGGCAACUCCUGCAGCUCAAGUCACCACAGGCAUGUGGCCCCUGGAUCCCUGCCAGCCCUUACCCAAGAAGCUGUCAGCCCUUUAUAGCCUUGGGCUGCUGUUACAGGGCCUGGCCCUGCUUAGCCUGUCCCGAGCCCUGGAUGGGAAGCUUUUCUGGAAGGGACAGGGUAGAGGUGGAGUGGGCUAGUCCCGUUGGCUCAGUGACCAACGCUGCAUGAUCAGUGAGACACGGGCAGUCCAUCUGGAGCAGAGAUGAGCAGUGAGACACGGGCAAUCUUCUGGAGUAGAGAUGAGCAAAUCCCGGGACUGCCACCUGGUCCCGAUGUGGGAGGCAGCCAGGGACUUCCUUCUUUCCCCUCCCAGCUGUUGUCAGUGCAGAUCAAGCGAGUGAUAAGAAGAUCUUAACCCUGUCAGAAAUCAGUCAAAAGCUGGCUUUUUGUCCAUGCAGUUUACAUCUCCUAGAAAGUUCAUCUGUCAUCCAGCAUCCGUUUCAUCCGCGUGACAGUGUCUUUCUUGACGUGCAUGGUUUUACUGUUUCCUCGUCCCUACAUUACUUCCUAGAGGGGAGCUCAUUAAGGUUCCAGAAUCUCCUGAAACACAGGGUUCGCAAAGCUAUGUGGCAGUAAUGGCUACCAGAUAGGAAACCCCCCAACGGGCUGGGCUGGCUUCAUCUGUAGUCCAGGGACACCGCUCUCUGCAUGCUGGGGCGGGCUUCUCCGUAAUACAGCUGCCUUCAAGUCUUCUACUCUGUCCUAACGCCAAUAAACUCGCUGCUCUGCUAAGCUA